AAACCUCCCUCACACCACCACAACCAACCCACCAACACGAAAAGAAAAAGAAAAAGAAUAUAAUGUACAUGUCCUCCACCCUCACCCGCGCCUCACUCAUCAACCUCCUCCUCACGACGACCGCCCGCAUCGCACCCGCAACCGCAACACUCACAACCACAACCACAACAACAACAACAAGCACCUACCACACACCGCGCCACUUCCUCCACCAAGCAGCCCUUCCUCUCCACCCUCACUGCUCAGCAAUCCACCUCUACAACAACACCAUUACCAAUAAUAAUAAACACCAAAACCAGCAAAGCACCCACUACUCCACAAUGAGCACAUCCAACGAGCAACAACAACAAACCCAGAACCAAAACCAAGAACAAAAAGAACAAAGAGAUGAGGGAAACAAGCCCAUCCUUGCUCUCCCAGACGCCGAAUCAGCCACGAAACUCGACGUUAGUGGGGACGGAUCAGCAGUUGCAUUGGAUCACUUGGGUCCUGUGGUGGUGAAUCAGGAUGGAACAUUAUCGCGCAUCUCGAAUUGGGAGGCUAUGACGGAGAUUGAGAAGAAGAAUACGUUGAGGGUGUUGGGGAAGAGGAAUAAGAUGCGGUUGGAGGCGUUGAAGAGGGAGAGGGGGGAGGGGAAUUAAUCGGGAUCAAGUUCGUGUCGGUCGUUGAUUGUAGUGGUGGGUGGUAGAUGAUAGAUGGUAGAAGGUGGAGAUUGAAGAUUGGGGGAUGUAUUAUAUUAUGUUGGAAGGGGGAGAGAUACACUUGUGUCUUGUAUGAUAUUUGAUCG